AUGUGCAUCUGUCUCCAGGAAAUCCAAGAGAGUCUACAGUGCCAUUUGUGUGGGAAGUAUGGCAGCCUCAAAAAGCACUCCAGACAUAAUUUAGUACUAAACAUUGUUGCUUCAGCUGCAGGAGAGGGUCAAGAGCUUGAACUGAGCUUGCGCAAGACAGCAUUUGUGAAGCAAAGUGUGAUGCUAAAGAGACAGAAACCUCGGCAGGCCGAAGACAGAAAAUGGGAGGUGUUCAUGGACAAGCCAUUGCCUGAAAACAUCGUAGUGUCAGCACUCCAGCCCGACCUGGUGUUGGUAAAUGACAGUCAGAGACAUAUGGUCCUUGGGGAGCUUACUGUGCCAUGGGAGUAG